UGACAAAAUGGCUGCUUCCGGUAUCGACUCUGCUCGUCUCAAAGGAGCAGUUCCAUAAUCAAGGAAAGCAGGAAUAGUGUAAUAAUGAUAAUCGGGAGCUAAUCGUGUAGCCCGGGGGUGCAUCUGUCGUGUGUGUACGUGUGUGUGUUUGUUGUGCUAUUUUUCUAUCCCUGGUGUUAUUUUUCGCUGCAGGUUGAAAAAGAAGGAAAAUAUUGAAAAUACCUAGCCGCUUAAAAAAAUCUCCCGCAUUUAUCACCAUCGGAUCCGAGAAAAUGUCGUCCUACAUUCAAGUCGCUGAAGAUGAGGGCGAGGAACCGAUAGAAUUGCCCACCGAGGACGACAGCACCUUAUUACUCACAACAUUAUCAGCUCAGUUCCCAGGAACUUGUGGCCUAAAAUACCGAAAUCCAGAAUCCAGGGCUAUGCGUGGCGUUAGGUUGUCCGAAGGUCGUUUACACCCGCCUGAAAAUGGAUGGGGCAAAGCUGUUUAUUUUUGCGUAUUUCCAAAAGAGAAUAAGCGCAAGUCAGAUGACAACUUGGAAAAUUCAACGGCGAAGACAAAACGCAUGGAAACGAAGCUUCGUUGUACCGAUCUUAUAGUUCUUGGUCUCCCAUGGAAAACGACUGAACAAAAUCUUCGGGAAUAUUUUGAAACUUUUGGCGAAGUUCUAAUGGCUCAAGUGAAAAAGGACGCAAAAUCUGGGCAGAGCAAGGGGUUUGGCUUCAUUAGAUUUGGUAGCUAUGAAUCGCAGCUGAGGUGCCUCGCUCAACGGCAUAUGAUUGAUGGAAGAUGGUGCGACGUCAAGGUCCCAAAUAGCAAGGAGGGAAUGAUCCAACAAGUACCAUGCAAGGUAUUCGUGGGCCGUUGCACGGAGGAUUUAACAGCGGAUGACCUGCGUGAAUAUUUCUCCAAAUUUGGCGAAGUUACAGACGUAUUUAUACCGAAGCCCUUCCGUGCAUUUUCAUUUGUUACAUUCCUCGAUCCAGAGGUAGCGCAAUCUCUAUGUGGCGAGGAUCAUAUCAUAAAGGGUGUAUCGGUCCACGUUUCAAACGCAGCACCAAAGUCUGAAAGCAAUAAUAGAAAUUUUAAUAACCAAAUGAAUUCAAAUAUGAGAAACAGAGGAGGAGGCGGAGGCGGUGGUGGUGGCGGCGGAGGUGGUGGUAGCGGAGGAGGUGGUGGAGGAAUGCAGGCUGGUCCAAUCGAUGGGAAUAUGCAAGGAAAUUAUCAAGGGAAUCGUUACAUGGGCCACUCUGGCAAUAAUAUGGGACCUAAUGGAUGGAGUAACCCUGGCAACCGAGGGAAUUUGGAUAUGCCUAACUUACAGGCAUUGGGCAUAACCGGUCAGAACAAUGGAGGUGGUGGCGGAGGUGGCGGUGGGAUGUCAAAUCCCCUGACAGUGAAUGGCUUGAAUCUUUCCGCUCUUCCGAUGAAUCCCGCAUUGGUAGCUGCUGCAUUGAAUCAGGCCUCCUGGGGUCUGAUAGGAAAUUUACAAAACCAGGGAAAUGAUCAGGGCUAUUCUAACCAGCCAGGACCACCAGGACAGCCACCUUCAGGUAAUAAUACUUUGGGAAAUUCUGGUAAUUCCGGUUUUUUAAGCUGGAUGAACCAGGGUGGAGGAGGUGGCGGAGGAGCAGGUAGUGGAGCAGGUGAUGGAAAUACUGGAAACCCUGCAACAGGAGGUGGCGGUCCUGGACCAAAUAAUCCCAACGCAUCGCAAGGCGCUUGGCAAAAUCAUCCAGGACAGCGGGAUCAAAAGUCAAAUACUUUUCUCAAGUACGAGUAGUGAUUUUUACACAAGUAAGAAAAUGUUUUCCUAUGCAUGAUAAGGGAGUUUGGAAGAUUCGAGGUUCUCAAUGUGAUUGAACAAUGUCAAAUGAGGGUGGAUAGGUAAGCUUGGAUCAGGAUUAAAUAUAUUAGCUUUUUUUUGUUUGUCGGUGCAAAAUUUUUUAAGAUUCAGACGGUUUUUGGGAAGUGUACUUUUCCAAUGGGUCGAAAUGAGUUUAGUUGCAGCGGAUACAAGCAUUUUAUUUGAACGGCUGCCCUCUCCUUUGUAAAGUAUUAGGAUUUAAAAUCUCAGCUACUUCCUAAUAAAGAAUUAAGUAAAUGCGAUCGGAGACAAAGUAUAAUGUAAUAAAUAGAGUGAAUAUAUUGUGUGUGGAUAUACUAGGGAUGUUGAUUUAAUCCCUUGAUAUAAUAUAUAUUUAUAUAUAUAUUAUAGAUAUACAUAUAGAUAUAUAUAUCUAUAUCCGACAAGAUGAAUCUUGAUCGUUGGACUUGUUGAUUUACACAAUUUCAUUUGUAAACACGACGAGCAUCUUGACUUUGAAAUUACUCGAUUACGACAAAAUGGACAUCCACUGCCCAAAAAAUAUUUUUGUAGUAUUCAUUAUUUCAAAAAUGACGAACAAAUUUUUAUCAGAACAUGAAUACACACCAGAAACUAUCAAUAAGUAAUAAUGAGGUAUUCUCAUUGUUUUACUUCUUUUUUUUUUCUCAUUCAGCACGUCGUGUUAAUGUAUGAACGAAGAAAAAAAACAUUGAGAAUAACAGUAACAACUGAAAAAUAAUUAAAUGUAAAUUAAGAAGAUGCUAUAAAUAUACAUACUACAUUGCGUAAAAGAAAGUUUUAGCGUUAUUAGGAUAUUUACAGCGAUAACAUUGAUUACUUAUAAUAAAAAUUAAUGAUAAUAAUAAUGGUAAUGCUAAUAAUAAUGGUAAUGACAAUGACAACGAUAAAACAGAUUUGCUUGUGCUCAUGCGAGAAUGAAUAUCAGGAAAGAGUAUCGUUCAAUGUUACCACUUGAGAAUUGCUAUGAGUAUGGAAAGAGAAGUCAGAAUGAUUGAUCGGAAGGAUAAAUUAGAUAUUGAAGUGGAAUGAUUAAUGUUAGAAACAAUGAUGAUGAAUUCAUACAGAGAUAAACUCUUACAUACAAAAAUAUGUGACAACAAGAGUUUAUUAUACUGCAAAUAAAAAUCUGGUCGAUUUCAACUAGUUUGUUGAAAUCAUAACAACGUUAUGAUUUCGCACGGUAAAAAUGUCAUUUUAAUACAUACAUAGAAUUGUAUGUGAAUGUGGCAUAAAUAUAGAUAUUUACUUGUGUGUCUUCAAAAUGUUGUAUAAAACAUAACACCGGCAAGUGAAUCGAUCAUUAAUUGAGUUCGAAUUUAAUUUUGACCACAAUCACAGUGCUGCAGUAAAGUACUUGCUUUGAUUUGUUGAUAAUAAUGAUGAAAGAAAAAGAUAAAACAAAGAAAAGAGAAACGGAGAAGAAUUUUUUUUAAUAUACCUAUAUAUGCAUGCAUAUUACACUGCAUUAAAUUAGUUUGGCUAAUUGUUGAAUAAUAUUGAUAUUUACGUUGCUCGUGUUAUAAUCAUAAUUACUAUUAUCAUCAUUAUUACGUUUGCCAUCAUCAUUGACAAUAUAAUUUUUAUUAUUUGUUCUAUUAAUAAUAUCGUCAUUAUCAUCAUCGUCAUUAUUAUUAUCAUCAUUAUCAUUGUAAUUAUUAAUAUCGUCAUCGCAUCGUUGUUCUAAUUAUUAUCAUUAUUAUUGUUAUUAUUGUGACUUGAUAUGGAAAAAAUAGAAGUAUAAUAUUUCCAACUUUACCAAUAAUUAAGAAAUCAAAUGGAUAAAAUGAUUAGCUACUACUGCAGUUGUGAAAGAGUUUAUCGGAAUGAAGCGAAUUAUGAUGAUAGUAACUUAACGUACGAUUGUCUGUACAAGAUAUUUUAUGUGUGACGACAUCGUCGUGAUCAUACCAUCAUAGUGAACGAAUAAUCGUCAUCAAGAUAUUAUUUGCAUGACUAUCUUAAAGAGAACAAAAAAAAGCAACAACCCAUCGCGCGUCAUGUAAAUAUUAAAAGAAAAGGGAAUACUUGUGUGUGAGAUAGAUCGUAAAUGAGUAAUAAAGUUAAUAAAUUAAUAAAGUUAAAAAAUAAAUAAAUAACGUAAUGAAUCGACGCGUGUUAAUGAAAGAAAGAAGCGUGCGGUGGGUGUGCGAAGAGUGGUUGAAAAACAAAAAUAAUUCAAUAUUAAGAAUAUAUAUGAUUUAUAGGGUUAUUAUAUUAUAACAAUUUAAAUAAUAAAGUAAUGUGAGAACUGA